AGCGGUGACGCUGCUUCAGACCUCCGGCUCCUGAUUGGUGAGGGGCCCCUGCUGGAGCUCAGCACCGCCUAGAGGAGCGACCCACCGCCUGAAUCUCCGCCGCUUAUUGGCGGAAAAUCCCUUCAAACUUUCCGCCUAAACGCAGAGCGGGCCGCCCUCUGCUGCUCUGCAGGAAGCCUCUUUCCUGGUUGGUCUGGAAGAAACCGUCCCGCGCGCUGCGCGGACAUAUAAAGGAGGGUUUUGGCUGCCGGGGCCACAUUUUCUUUGAGUCUCUGCUCUAGAAAGAUCACACGAUGUCUGGAAGAGGUAAAACCGGAGGCAAAGCCAGAGCAAAGGCAAAGACCCGCUCCUCCCGCGCCGGGCUGCAGUUCCCCGUCGGUCGUGUCCACAGACUGCUGCGUAAAGGAAACUACGCCCAGCGCGUCGGUGCCGGAGCCCCCGUGUACCUGGCGGCGGUGCUGGAGUACCUGACCGCUGAGAUCCUGGAGCUGGCCGGAAACGCCGCCCGCGACAACAAGAAGACCAGGAUCAUCCCCCGUCACCUGCAGCUGGCCGUCCGCAACGACGAGGAGCUCAACAAGCUGCUGGGCGGAGUCACCAUCGCUCAGGGCGGCGUGCUGCCCAACAUCCAGGCGGUCCUGCUGCCCAAGAAGACCGAGAAGCCCGCCAAGAAGUAAACAACAACAACCACAAACAACACAACGGCUCUUUUAAGAGCCACACAUCUCUAACUAAAGAGACACUUCCUGCUGUAACUUAUAUUUUAUGAUGAUU